ACAAGUUUCAUGAACUGUCAUACACUACAGAACUGAAAUUUGUGUUUUAUUUUUCGUUUCUGCAUCUGCAUCUGCAUUCUUCUCCUUUAAUUCCUGCCGAAUUCCUUAAAAACUUCAACAAUUAUCAAAAUCAGUGUUAAAUAUUCUCAACUCGAUUGUUAUUCAAUCAAAUACACCAACAAUUCAAUCUCAUCAAGCCCAUCAUCCAAAAAAAGAAAAUUAUACAUAACAACACAGCAAAUCAUUUUUGAAAAGAAAUGCAUCCAAUGCCAAAACAUAACAAAGGAACACAAUUUCUAUUGCAGCAUUAAUGGGCAAUUCUCUAACUUAUGAAAUAAUGGAAGAAGAAGACCUCGACGAUAGCAAUGAAGUUUUAGAAUCAUUGGAACGGAAUAUCGACAGACAGCACAUAUCCCAUGCGUUAGGACGGAUGGUUAGCCAUAUCGUAGGAAAUUUGCCACGAUAUACAUCUUCAGAAAUGCCAGUUAUUCGUAAGAGACCAGAUCUAAGGACGUUCAGGAACACACCACUUUACAAAGAAAUCAAACAAUUAUCGGGUCUUCCGCCAACCAGUCGACGACCCAAUGAAAAAUGGUCCCUCCAACGAGGGAUACGCAAACGAGAGAACGGAUUAGCCUCAAGAACUACGGGUUAUUUCACUCCGAGUCAGCAUCGACUGAUAGCUAAUCUUUUUGUACCAAAUCACAAAGACACUCGAUUAAUGUCAUUCGAUUCAAAAGUGUUCAUAUGUAAAUUUAACAAAGAUGGUAGUCGUCUUAUAACUGCCAGUCAAGAUGCUAUGAUCAGAGUAUUUGAUUCAUCAAAAGGCACUUAUCAUAGGAUAAACCGUAUCAAAGCCCAGGAUGUUGGCUGGGGUAUAUUGGAUAUUGAUUUUAGUCCAUGUGGACAAUAUUUCACAUAUUCAACUUGGUCAGAAUAUUUCUUUGUGGUUCCAUUAAAUGGCACAACAGAAGUAUUCCAAUGGUUACGGCUUAACAGGGAGGCCAGCCGGUCUGGAAUUUUCUCUGUGAGAUUUUCACCAGGCGGAGAAACUCUCAUCGGAGGCUGUAACGAUUCUUGUAUGUACAUGUGUAACAGGGAGACUACUGCAGUAAGGUCUAUAAAGACUGAAAGUGAAAACUACGUCGAUAUAAAUGCCGUAAGCUACGUAAGUGAUAUGAGUCCCGAUAUCUUUGUGUCGGGGUGCAACCUUGGAGUUGUAAAAUUAUGGGAUGCCAGAUGUUUAGGAGCAAGUGAUGCCGUCGCAACUCCUGUGUCUUCAUUUUUGGGCCAUUACGAUGGCAUCACAUAUAUUGAUCCAAGAAACGAUGGCAAUUACAUUCUAUCGAAUUCCAAAGAUCAGAGCAUCAAAAUCUGGGAUCUCAGAAAACCAACACCUGUCGAUAAAGUCUGUAAUGAAAAAGAUCUGCCUAUGUUAGAUUGGGACUAUCGUUGGGAUGAAGUGCCUCAUGAAUAUUAUAAUCCAACAAAAAUAAUGGACGGUGAUGUAAGUGUUAUGACGUUUAGGGGACAUAGAGUUACAAAAAGUUUGAUUAGAGCUAAGUUUUCACCUGCUAUACAAACUGGUCAGCGAUAUAUAUACACUGGUUGCGGAACUGGACGAAUUAUAAUUUAUGAUGUGUUAACUGGACAAAUCAAAGAGGCUAUCGAGGGACACAAAGAUAUAGUUCGGGAUUUAUCCUGGCAUCCAGUACGAUCAGAAAUUGUCUCAAGUUCGUGGGACUCACACGUGAACUUUAAUAAUUUCAAAACGAAUGCGAAUAAUCGAAGUCGUUCAGAUGGCACACGCUACAGAGGCGGCCCUUUGAGACGAUCACGUCGAAUAGCAACACAAAAUGGAGAAUAUCACGAAGAUGACGAAGAAGAUGACGAUGAUAUAAAUUUCACAUGGUAGUAAAAGUGGACUGCAGUUCUAAACGAUGUUAUAUACACUUUUUUGUUAAACAAAGGAAAAAGAAUGAACCAAGCAUAACACUUCUGUUUUCUUUUUUCUUGGGUCUCAAUGCGAUUAUGUUUGAGAAUCGUAAGAAUUAUGUUUAUUUAAUGCUGUAUUAAUAAAAAAUGUACAUACAAUAAUUUAAAAAAAAAAACAUAUUUUUAAAAUUUCAUUUUGAAAUAUCUAUAAGAAAACCAACAAGAAAAAUUAUCAGAUAAAUAAAUUAAGUUUUGUAUUUAAG